AUGUCCCAACCAACCCUGCCUAUGGAAACCGACAACGACGAGGUGACAACAAGCCGCCCCGCCACACAACAGCAAGGCCGACCAAGGUCGACAUCCUCGCGGCUCCAAUUUGGAACUGCGAUGAUGCCACAGGCCCUACAGCAACCACCACCGCCACCGAUCACGAUACGAUCGAUGGCGGCCCCAGCGAUCGCAACUACAUCGACAACCACAGCACCCACAGGUGCUGGGAAUGCAGCAGUGAUGCUGCCACCACCGCCGAUCCUGACAGUGAUGGAACGGUGGGUCUCUUUUGGGACCCACCAGUUCACGCUAUACCACACGGAGGCAUGCGCUGUGUGCUACAGCUACCUCCAACACAUCGUGAUGGCACGCAACACGGCCCCCUAUCAGGAAGCCCACACAGAUGUGCUCAAUGCUGAGCAGCACCUGUUCUGGGAGCACUUCCAGACCUACAUGGCCUCGGAAGGGGGAGGACGUGGUGAUGUUCCCAUGCAGCAACGCAACAUGGAGCUGCAAGUGCAACUCCAUGUGGCAGAAACAGAAGCAACCACACAGCGACGACAGGCAGAUCACGUCAAGUUCCCGACCUCGAUCGCCCCCGGACUAUCGCGGGCAACCGAGUGGGGCUCCACGGAGACAACCAUCUCCACUGGAAUACCUACCUCCCCCGAGGGAGCGAAGGUAUUCCCCCCCAUCAACGAACAGCAGCUCGCGCCGGUACUCACUGCCGUCAAAUGCGAGCGGAUCGCGACGUCGAUCCCCAGCGUGAUACUCGACUGGGGGAGCAUAGCGAUACGUGCCCUACGCCGCGGCGAGUAG